GCGCUCCAUCUUCUGCUCCCUCCCCCACUCGCGCUCGGCACGCAGGCGACGGCGUUGGCGCUCAGGCUCGGGCUCUCAGCGACGGCGGGGCAGUCACAAGGUCGGCGGCGGCGUCAGCGGCUCCCCCUCCCGCCUCUCGCCAAUCUCCUCACGCCCUCGCCACCGGUCCUCCCCACCCUGCGCAACCGUGAAUAACUAGUAGUUUGGAGUUAUGGAUUUGCAAGAGAAGACAACCCCCACUCAUCAAGGGAAAGAAAAGAAAAAAGGGAGUGCAAAGAAAAAAGAAAGAGGAAAGAAGAGAACAUCAUCUGUUUUGGAUUCUGCUAAUGUUUCAGGCACAGUCAUCAGUGAGGAAAUGUCUGAGUAUAAUCUUGAUGAACCCACUAUGGAGGAAAAACUCGCAACCUUAAAUCUGAUCAAUAGAGAGAAUGGAAUGAGUGAUACUGAAAAGCAAUCGCUCUCUAUGGCACCACCAAGUGCAGAUUCGGUUCAUAUCUUGCUGAAGCAAGCUCUUCGUGCUGAUGAUAACGUAGCAUUGUUGACUUGUUUGCAUAAUAGAGAUGAGAAGGUUAUCACAAAGUCUAUAUCACUCCUAACACCAGCAGAUGUUGUGAAGCUUCUCAAGUUCUUUGUGCUGCAAAUACAAUCUAGGGGCGCAGUGUUGGUUUGUUUACUCCCAUGGCUGCAAACUUUACUAAGUCGACACAUGAGCAGCAUAGUGUCUCAGGAGUCUUCUCUGUCAUUGCUCAACUCGCUCUACCAGCUUAUUGAUGCAAGAACAUCAACAUUCAAGUCGGCAUUGCAACUCUCCACCACUCUAGAUUACCUUUUCAGCGAGAUUGCUGACGAUGAAGCUGAUGAGGAGGAGGUACCGCCACCGAUAAUUUAUGAAGACAAGGACACUGAUGAUGAAGAGUCUGAAGUUGAUGCUAUGGAAACCGACAGAGAAGAGGCUGAAGAGCUAGGUGAUGUUACUGAUGCCUCUGAAAAUUCAGAUGGAAGUGAGAUCAUGAGCGACUGAUUGACUUUUACUCUCCCGAGCACUGAACUUCCAAAUAUCGAUUGUCCUCAGAAGAUGGAUUUUUCACGAUGUUUGCUUGAGAUAGUUGUGCUUCUACUUUGUCGAGCUUAACUGCAUCUAAUGCGUGCAUCAUAUUAUCUCAGUAGAUUUUACCCUCCUAAGCGAAUGUUUUCAACAAGCUUGGAUGACAUAUUGACAUUUGAGCUGAGAAGGAAUUGAUUGAGCAAAGUCAUCAUUCCCCCUCUUAUAUAGUUUGUACUCCUUAUGAAGAGUAAUUGUUUGUGUA